AUGCCUCGUCAGUUGCCUGAAGUUGAAAAGGCUCAAAUUGUAUCAAGAAUCGAAGAAGGAUGGUCAAUCCGUGCUGUAGCGCAGUUGUAUAAUAGAAAUAAAAAAACCAUAUUGAAAAUUAAGCAACGCUGGGAACAGGAAGAUUCCCUAAAGAGGAAAAUUGGUUCAGGUCGUCCCAAACUUACCAACCCUGAACAGGAUGCUACUUUUUUGGGAUAUUUAAGAAAUAAUCCAUUUGCAACUGUAAGGGAUGCUGUUAUUGAUACAGCAUUUCCUGCCUCCCAACCUACCGCCAGCAGGAGAGUAAUGAAAUCUGAACUAAAAUGUCACCCUGCUGCGAAAAAAAUGUUUCUUAACGAAGAACGGCGACAAUCAAGGAUUAUUUUUGCUUUAAAAUAUAUAUACCGCAAUCCUCAAUUUUGGAACAGGGUCAUUUUUACUGAUCAAAAGACGUUCCAGUCGACUUAUAACGGCCAAAUUCGUGUUUACCGUCCAAACAAUACCAGGUUUGAAGAGCGAUAUACUAACCCCCUCAAUUCUAGACCUGGGUGUUUCUCUGUAAAUGUAUGGGGCUGGAUAAGUGUUCAUGGACCUGGUGUUUGCUGGCGAAUAGAGGGAAGAUUUAAUGCCGGAAAUUACAUUAACAUUUUAGAAAACAUAUUGUUACCAAGUGCUGAGCAAAUAUAUCCCAAUAAUACAAGAUAA